GCUUUUUUUGAUAUUAUAUUAAACGUGGCUCCUAAAUAUUGCUCUAAUUCUUCAAUUGCUUUUAUUUUAUGUAAUUUUAUUUAAAUACAGUUUUACAGAAUUUCUGAAUACUUAUAUGGAAUUCAAAAUCAUUUCAAAUUGAGGCAGAUAACCUAAGUGCUUUUUUUGAUUUGAUUACAACACUAAAGGGUUAUUUACUCUUUGAGAAAGUGCCUACAGUUACCUAUUUAAAUUUCAUUGAAACUCGAAAUUUGUUCGAAGUAUUAAGACAAAGAAAGAAAAAAGUUUGUUGCUUGCUCUGAAAGGAAGAUUUAGCUUUUGAAGUACUAUAUUUAACAAGUAUUUCAGUUGGAAGAGAAUGCAAGAAUCUAAACAAAGGUAAUAUGAACUAGAUGCAAAGGUUCAUCCAAAGACUGUGUCAAAAUUCAUUGCUCAAGACUUCGAAAAAUUUUCCUUUUGUGAUGGAAGGCUCUAACAGAAGGAUCUUGAGAUCCAGAAUCCCUGCUAAAACUGAUACUGAAACUAUAGUUGAGAAAAAAACCCCAAAGAAAUCGACUGUUAAAACUCAGUCAACAAAGAAACCACUUUCUGAAAAAAUAAAGAAACAAAAGGAUAAAACCGUUGUAAAGAAAGAAACAAUCAAAUCAGAAUAUUUUGAAGACAAAGAAAAGCUAAUCAAAUCAGAAGUUCAAUCAGAGUACAAGGCCAAACUUAUUAAACCAGAAAUUCAAUCAGAUUAUGCAAGCAACACCACUAGAAAAAGAGUUGCCAUCACCACAGAAGAGGGUUGUUCUGUUAAACCAGAGAAGGCCAUUAAAAAGGAACCAGAAAGUGUCUCGGAUAUUGAGGAUGGAGUCUGGAAACCGGAAAACUGGAGACAAGUAUUAGAUAACAUUUUAAAAAUGCGUAAAAUGUAUGUUGCUCCUGUGGAUAGUUUAGGUUGCGAAGAAUGCCCUGAGGAAGGAGUACUGCCCGAAGUGUUUCGAUAUCAGACAUUAAUAUCUGUGAUGCUAUCAAGUCAGACACGAGACGAAGUUACAUUUGCAGCGAGCCAACGUCUCAUUGAGCAUGGAUUGACUGUUGAUAACAUUCUCAACACUCCGGAUGAAAAAAUUGGAGAACUUAUUUAUCCUGCUGGUUUUUGGAAGUCUAAAAUCAAAUUCAUAAAAAAUACUUCUCAAAUAUUGAAAGACAAAUACAAUGGAGAUAUCCCGAGGACAUUUAAAGAAUUGAUCAAGUUACCAGGUGUUGGUCCAAAAAUGGCCAAUAUUGUUAUGAGUGUGGCUUGGAAUGAUACAGUGGGAAUAGCUGUGGACACUCAUGUUCACAGAAUAUCCAAUAGGCUAGGCUGGGUUCCAAAGCCUACUAAAGACCCUGAACAGACUAGAAAGGCUUUAGAAAGUUGGCUUCCAAAGAAUGACUGGCGACCCAUAAAUUUGACUUUAGUUGGCUUUGGGCAGACAGUGUGCAAACCUAUUGGGCCCUCUUGUGAGAUAUGCUUGAACAAAGAUCUUUGCUCCUUUGGAAAGAAUGUUUUAAGCUCUAAAAGUAAAAAGAAAAAGAAAAACUGAGAUUUAUGGAAAGAUGUGAGUUUAGAUCUGGUUGGAUUUGGUCAGACCAUUUGCAAGCCUACAAAACCAAAAUGUGAUAAAUGCAUGAAUGUCAACCUUUGCCCAGAAGGGCAACGUUGCACAAAACGAUAAAUUAUCAAUACUCAUACCUUACUAAUAUCUUGUUUUGUAUUCAUAAUAUAUCUUUAAACCUCUUAUUUUCAACUGAAGAAAGUUUUCAAUGUUAUUAGCAAUGCUUAUAUUAUUUUCUAUUAUUGUAUUGUUUGUUUAAAUUUUUUGAUUAAUGGGAUUGUUUGUUUUAAUUUUUUGAAUAAAAGGAUUCUUAGAAACUCUCUUUUUUUUUUAAUUAUUUGAUUUAUCCACAAAAUAAAGAAUUUUUUUAAAAAUGUGUUUAAAUUUUCAGUUUCAUUCUAUAACUGCAUGGCUUUUAGAACUUCAAAAUUACCACUUUCUUCCUUAAGACAAUGAAAGUGUUUUAACCAGUUUUUAGAAAUAUUUUAUGUAAGAAAUUUUUUUUUCCAUCUUUAUUUGUUAUUUUUUAAUUUUUUUUUUACUUAAAAAUGUUUGCUAAAAAGCAUUAGGAUUGUGUUGAACUUUUAAUCAAAUAACUUUAACAUUUGAAGCAUAAUUUUAUUUGUAUUGUAUAUUUCUCUUUUGUAUUAUAAUUGAUUAUGUUUAUAAUGCAAAAGCAUGUUCAAUAUAUGAAGCUUGUAAAUAUUCAUAUAAAGAUAAGAAAUGUAACUAUUUUUAAUUCUUUCAGAAAUAAAGGUUUUAUUUUAAAAU